GGGCGGGGGGUGACUUAGUGUCAGUUCCCCCACUGCCCCCGCCAUGCUGCGCACCCCCCCCCCGCUGAGCGGGGUCGUGCCGGUUGCGCUCCGGAAGUGGCCCAUCACCCUGGUCUCUGAGCCCUCGUCUGGCCGCGCCCUGUGCAGCGUGUCAGAUCGCAGUGCGGAGCUCUUAAUCUGCCAUCGUAAUGGAGUAGGAAACAGCUGCCCCAGGGUGAGCCAGCGUCACUGAUCUCUAGGGUCCCCCCCACACCCCGCAGUUUCCCCUACAUGACUGCACAACUGGCACUUACUGCUGUGAAGGCAUUGUUUGCUCUGGGGGGAGAAGUAGCUCUAGAGCUGGAUAAUCAAGUUUUACCGUAAACGAUGCCUCUAUCAGAGAAGAAAGUCCUUCUCUGAUGAAAAUUGCAGGAUUAAGGCCAAAAUCACCAUAACAGUCACUGUUUAGGAUGUAGCAGCAUCUGAAGAAAUAUGAAGUGGCUUUGUGUCAUAUUGACAAAAAAAAUUGGAUGUCGUCUCUGGGCGCUUUCAACAAUGAUUCCCAAAAAAGUAAAAACAUUUCCUUAUCCCUAUAUCAUUGAGCAUAGAAUGUUGUCAGGUUACAAACCUAAAAAUAACAUCAAAGACUCUUACAGACGUCUUAAACUUCAGGAGGGGUGUUCCCUAGAUGAUGUAAGAAGUUCAUUUAGAAAUCUUGCCAAACAGUAUCAUCCAGACAGUGGUUCCAUCACAGCUGAUUCCGCAACAUUUAUGCAGAUAGAAGAAGCAUACCGAGUUGUGCUUUCUGAUGUGGCCAAGAAAAUGAAAUCAAGUGAAAGUGAAAAUGAAGAGGAAACCAAAUUCAAAUCCAAAGCACCACAGCACAGGCAGUAUUUAAGUUUGGAAGGUGUUGGUCUUGGGACUCCGAGUCAAAGAGAGAGACAGUACAUGCAGUUUAGAGUAGACCGUGCAGCUGAGCAGGUGAUGGAAUAUCGAAAGCAGAAACUUGAGAGCCAGUAUGCUAUGAACACUAUGAUAGCCAAAGAUAUAAGGCAGAGUAAGAAGGUAAAAAUUACCCAAGCAAUUGACCGUUUGGUUGAGGACCUCAUCCAGGAAUCAAUGGCUAAAGGAGACUUUGAUAACCUCAGUGGUAAAGGAAAACCAUUGCAGAAAUUUUCAUACUGUCCACAUAUUGAUCCUAUGACUCACAACCUGAACAGAAUUCUAAUAGAUAAUGGAUACCAACCAGAAUGGAUUCUGAUGCAGAAAGAAAUACGAGAAACUAUUGAGGAACUAAGAAAGAACAUAGUAGCAUCUAGGAAUAAACUUGGAGAGCCAAUGACACCAUGUAGACAGAAACAAUGGAGUCAGAUUUGUGAACAAUUAAUAGAAGAUAUCAAGAAACUAAACAAAAGAAUUAAUGACUUUAAUUUAAUUGUUCCCAUUCUGAACAGACAAAUGGUUCAUUUUAAUGCAAACAAAGAAAUUGCACGAGCCCAGAAGGCUUAUGAGAUCCUCUUGGAAAAAACAAAGACCACUGAUGUGGAUACAAAGGAAAAUGAACAGGAAAAAGUUAAAAUGUUUAGGCUUAAAUCCGGCUUUUUUAAGUGGAUAAAUCUUAUGUUGAAAUAAAAUAAAAUGGAUGUACCAGUUUUGAUUAAAUAUUCAUGUUAAUACAUUUUGUAGUUUGAGAGAGAAUUUUUCAGGUUUACUGAAAAUAUAAAACCUACCUGUUUUAAUGUUAUAAUGUUUAGAAGGAAUCUAGCUGCUUGACCUGGCUCUCCAAGUGGUCAAUAUGAAAGCUGCUUAAGAAUAAAUAAUUUUUCUUGGCCAGUUUUGCUUCUGUCAAGCUUAUUCUUCUGCAUAUAUUGAACCAAUGUUUUAUUUGGGUAAAUCAGAAAGAAUUAAACCUCGUAAAAGUAUCAUUAUCUUUGCUUUACAAAUUAGGAAACUGAGGUGCAAAGAAAUGACAGCAAGUUAGUGACAGAACCAAGAAUAAAAUCUAUAUUUAUUAACUUCCUAUCCUGUGCUCUAUUCAUUGAACCAUUCUGCCCUCUUAGGUUGAAUGCUUACAGCAAGGAACAGUGGGCAGGUAAAAAAAAGAGCCCUUUUAAGUAAUAAGUUGUCUUAUUUAAAAAACUAUUUAUGUCAGAGACUGUUUUCUGGUAUAAGGAAUUGUGGCUAAUAGUGGAGUCCCUGCUCGCAUGAGCUGGUACGUAUUUCUUUAGAUAAGUAGACUGAACAUUUUCCUGAGAAUGCUGGGAGCUUAGUUACUAGUUCCGUUUUCUGAAUGCUUCUUAUAUGUUAAAAGGACACUGAGAAAGCUGACAGGCCCAAAAUGUAAACCUUACCACCACAACAACUUUUUGUCCCCUGAUGGUUGCUUCUAGUGUCUGACCAUUCCAAAUGAAAGCUGAAACAGUAUUAAAAUCACAGCUCAUUGACAGGUGAUCUAGCAACAAUCAAACCUGAAUUUAUUGCAUUUGUUUACACAUACACUCAUUUUGUACUGUGCCUGUGCUGUCCUUGCAUUCUAUGUUUUUGUGAUCUGGCAAAAGGCUGAAAUUGGCUCUCAAGUUUUUCAGAGACCAGGAUUCUUGUCUGUUUCCAUAGUCCAUCCCCUCAUAAGAAAUGAGCAGACAGAGCAAGUAAAAGACUGGUAUGAUGUGUACAAACUCAUAUGCAAUCCCACUGAGCUGAGUUUACUGGUGGUGGGUCAUGCAGUUGAGAAGCUUGCACUGCACCCCUUAGUUUUGGUAGGAUAAGGAUAAUCAUUUUUCAUCGUCAUCUAGACAUUAAAAAGAAAAAUUCAAGAGGUCACAUUUAGGGCCUUUCAAUCUUCAGUGACCCUACUGACAGCUGAAAGGGGUACAUUUUCCUUUUUGUCUUAUGAAUAGCAAUACUCAAAGCCAUGGAAUGCUUGAAUACAUUAUUUUAGCAUCUCAGGGAAGAUUUUGUCCUUUCACAAACUUUGUGCUCAUUUUAGGUGUCACUGCUGUAUGAAUGCCUGCUUAUUCAUUGAAGAGUAUAAGUGACUGUUAGUAGUUCUUGUUUAUAAGGGAAACUUCAGACCAGGCAGACUUCUGCUUAAAUUUAGGGCUUAAUUACAGCAGAUAAAAGCCUUUUUGCACAAUACUAUUAAAAAGAUUGUAACUUCUGUUUGUCCAGAUGACCAAUGGAAUUUGACUGGCAUUUCUAAUUAAACUUAUCCAACAGUACAAACAAAAUAAUUGCUCAUUUCUCAACUGCAAACUGAAUAGGUGCGGACAGAUUCCUUGUACUUUAAAUCAGCUUUACAAAAUGGUCAUGAAAAAUUAUCAGGCACAAGAUCUGCUUUUCCACACUUUACCUUGAUGAUGAUAAAAAAAAUUAAAUUUUACCUGCCCCUGGCAUGUGGGGGAAAGACUGAUAUAUAAAUGUCAGUUUUCUGCAUAUUUUAGGCCAUAAAAUCUUAAGAAUAUCACGGUAUCUAAUCAGCAUUUCUAAAGCCCCUAGCACCAUAAUAUCUAAGAAGUGUAUUUGAAUUAUACAAACCCAAGAAAGAACUACCGAGAGAGCAGUAAAUUCUCCAUCCCAUGUGAGGUCUAAUAAUGGGCCUCUAAUUUGAGAUUGAUGACAGUUCUCUGUUAGGUCUGACUUGUGGAAAAUAAUAAAAUUAAGAUAUGACUUCCAGAUACAAAGGGUGUCUGACUACCUACAUGUACAGGGAGUUAUGUGAAUAAUUAGUAGAUGGAAAGUGCCUUGAAAGGCUUGUCGAUGUGAGAUCUUAAUAUUCAAAUAAAAAUUAGUUAUGGAGUUGUUGGAAUAGACUA